GAGUCACUCUAAACUAGAAAAUUGCAUUGAUCGAAUUCGUCGAAUCCUCAGAUCGAUGUUUUCAAGGAAAGCGUGGAGUAAAUUUGUCAAGUUAGAAUUGAAAAUUCAGAUAGAUGACGAGGAUGAUGGAUUGGAGAAUCGCUUCCAGAUUUUAAACAGGGAAAACGUUGGAUGAAUUAUGUCGAUUUAGAUUAAAAAACAGGGGAGAUGACGAGGACGAUGUAAUGGGAGGACCGCGUCCCGAGGAAUAGUGUUAAUGGCCGCCGUCUUACCCGCAAGCGCUUGUACACGCCGCGUCUCUAGUUGCGUACAGUGCAUAGUGCUAUCUUGGCGUAUAACCACUCCAAAUUUUAAAUUUUGGCCUAUAAAUUCAGUUCCUGCCUUGUCCAUGCAUCAUAAUGCACUUCCCCUGAUCUUGAAUCAUAUUGUCUGCGAUUUUUUCCUGUUUCCUCAUUAUCAUCCUACAUCAUGUGUGGAAUUCUAGCUCUGCUAGGUUGUUCCGACGCCUCCCAUGCCAAGCGUGUUCGAGUCUUGGAACUCUCCCGCAGGCUCAGGCAUAGAGGCCCCGAUUGGAGUGGACUGUACCAGAGUGGAAAUGCCUUUAUUGCUCACCAGAGAUUGGCUAUUAUAGACCCUACAUCUGGCGAUCAACCCCUUUUCAAUGAAGAUAAAAGUAUAGUUGUGUCUGUAAAUGGAGAAAUUUAUAAUCACGAAGAACUGAGGCGAGGACUGAAGUCUCACAAUUUCCGAACCGGUAGUGAUUGUGAAGUGAUAGCACAUCUAUACGAGGAGCAUGGCGAGGAGUUCGUCAACAUGUUGGAUGGAAUGUUCUCCAUCGUUCUGCUUGACACGCGAGAUGGCAGCUUCAUUGCUGCCCGAGAUGCAAUAGGAAUCACUUCCUUAUAUAUCGGAUGGGGACUUGAUGGAUCUGUCUGGUUUGCAUCAGAAAUGAAAGCUCUGAACGAUGAUUGUGAACGUUUUGAGGCAUUUCCUCCCGGGCAUAUAUACUCCAGCAAACAAGGAGGCUUACGCAGAUGGUACAACCCACUAUGGUAUCCAGAAAAUAUACCAGCGACUCCCUAUGAUCCUCUGGUUUUAAGAAGAGCAUUUGAAAAUGCAGUAAUAAAACGGCUGAUGACAGAUGUUCCAUUCGGAGUACUUCUCUCAGGAGGGUUGGACUCCUCAUUAGUCGCUGCAGUUGCUUCUCGCCAUUUGGCUGGUACUAAUGCUGCCAAGCUUUAUGGAGCACAACUGCACUCUUUCUGUGUUGGAUUAGAGGGGUCUCCAGAUUUGAAGGCUGCAAGAGAAGUUGCAGAUUACCUUGGCACUCUUCAUCAUGAAUUUCACUUUACAGUACAGGAUGGCAUAGAUGCACUAGAGGAUGUUAUCUAUCAUGUGGAAACAUAUGACGUGACAAGUAUAAGAGCGAGCACACCAAUGUUCUUAAUGUCACGGAAGAUCAAAUCUCUGGGGGUGAAGAUGGUUCUUUCUGGCGAAGGUUCAGACGAAAUAUUUGGAGGUUACUUAUAUUUCCACAAGGCUCCUGACAAACAAGAAUUUCAUGAGGAAACUUGUCGCAAGAUAAAGGCUUUGCAUAUGUAUGACUGCUUGAGGGCUAACAAAUCUACAUCUGCGUGGGGCUUGGAGGCUCGUGUACCAUUUUUAGACAAGGAAUUUAUCAAUGUUGCUAUGGACAUUGAUCCCGACAGGAAAAUGGUGCGCCCUGAGGAAGGGAGGAUUGAAAAAUGGAUUUUGCGAAAGGCAUUUGAUGACAAGGAAAAUCCUUAUCUUCCACAGCACAUCCUUUACAGACAAAAAGAGCAGUUCAGUGAUGGGGUUGGUUAUAGUUGGAUUGAUGGUUUGAAAGCACAUGCAGCAGAGCAUGUGACAGACAUGAUGCUGGAGAAUGCCAAGUAUGUGUUUCCCCACAAUACACCCAGCACGAAGGAAGCAUUCUACUACAGGAUGAUAUUUGAAAGAUUUUUUCCUCAGAAUGCCGCUAGAUUGACAGUGCCUGGGGGCCCAAGCGUGGCGUGUAGCACAGCGAAAGCAGUGGAGUGGGAUGCUGCGUGGUCCAAUCAUCUUGACCCAUCUGGCAGAGCUGCUCUAGGAGUUCAUGCCUCUGCCUACACAGACAAACACAAAACUUCCUCACACCUACCCAAGCUAACUGUAACCACUGGCCUUGGGACUUCUUUGGAGAAUACCUCGGGCACUCUCAUGGGAGAUACGAUACCUGCUAGGGAAGUAACCAUUCAGGGUUAAAACUUGUCCUUCAAUACCCAAAUCAUGACCAGUCCCCCCACAAUGUAAAUGUGCAUCUUGUAUGUUGCAUAGAUGUUUUUCAGUGUAGUAUAGCCAAUGAAUAAAUCAUAUAUAAGAUAUAUUUAGUAUAAGAGUAGUUGUUUGUAUAGAUAAAAUUAACAUAUUGAUAAUUAUGGGGAAGGACUUUAUAUUAAAACAAUAUUCAUGUAAUAUAUUUGUAAUGAUGAGAAUAAUACAUUUUCUAUUUAGUUUUGUUUUUAA